GAGGCGGAAGCGGAGGAGGAGGAGGAAAAGUCGGAUAAACAGAACUGUGGAAGAAGUGUAUAGAAAAAUCAUACUUAAGUAAGGUGCAGAAGUAAACGUGGCCUCAAAGCUUGCUUGAGCAUCCCAGAGUACAACGCGAAACGCAUUUAUAAAUUAAGCCUACACCGCUUGUUGUCAUUUGUAUAUAUGUAUAUAUAUAUACACCUAUAGUGAUUAUACCUUGUGCGAUUAUUACAAGUGAUGAGCGCGGGUGUGUUUACCUUAUUUAUAAGUAUACGGCAUUUUAAAUAUAUUAUUACGGAAGCUUAUAAAUCGAAUCAAGUGUAUAAUAAAGUACUCAACUGCUGCACUGUACUUAUAUACUUACUUGUUAGUGGUUACUUUGCUACAUAAGACAUUAUAUUAUACCGGAUAUAUCUGUACUUAAAAGCGAGACAGCCGCGAAUCGGAUCGCUGCGCGACAGGUGGCGUCUCUAUCAAAGGAUUGCUAACGAGACUCGUCCACAGGACGACGGCGGCGACGAGGUCAUGGUCCAGAUGAAUCCGCAUUCUUCGUCUACCAGUGUUACCUACGAGGCGGAGGGUGGAAUCCGUAAUCCAGCCUGUCAAGACGAUGACUUGUCGGAAUCGAAUAAGAAAUCGCCGCGGCAGCAGCAUCGGUAUUGGUCGACGGCAGAAGGCGAGCUCGAUCCCUCGACGGCAACGGCGGACAAGAGAAACGGAGAUCCACAACAAGUCCAUGAGAACAAGGGCCGAAUACUCAAAAAGGCCAUGACCCUCUGUCAGACUCGAGUACCCUGUUUAUUCUCUUUAAACGUUAUAAUCGCCAUUAUAGUGCUACUGAUGAUAUGUUUGACCGAGCUUGGAGUCAUUCCGAGCCAGCAGGUCGGCUUUUUCUGCAAUGAUCCAAAAAUUUCGCACAAAUUCCGAGGCGAAACGAUAUCGGCUUUUACCGUCGUGUCUGUUACAAUACUGGUGCCCGGGAUAGUGAUGUGGCUGACGGAAUGCUUGUGCUACAGUCCUGAGAGCUACAAGUGCCUGGAGCGCGCGUUAAGCUCGAGGAGCCGUCAAUUUUGGAUGUGGUACGGCUACUACACGAUCGGCUGGUGUUACGUGAUCUUCGUGGUCGAGGUGAUGAAGGUGACAGUCAGCGAACCCAGACCUCAUUUUAUCGACAGCUGCAAACCCAUGAACAUUGAUAAUUGCACCACCUCUGAAUUUAUAUCGUCGUACACGUGCAACAACACCAAACUCUCUUCCUUGGCUGUGAAAGACUCCGACCGGUCAUUUCCAUCUGGACAUUCUGCAGCCUCACUGUUUAUGACUACGUAUUUGGUGUGGUACCUACAGAGUCGGUUGCCGGAGCGCAUGACGCUGAUACUGCUGAAGCCGUGGCUGCAGUGCCUCGUCGUGAUCUGGGGUCUGAGCUGCUCGAUGUCCCGCAUAACCGACCACCGACACCACUGGUGGGACGUCCUCAUUGGAGCUACCCUCGGCAUCGUCUUUGCCUACUUCGUCGUGCGGCUGCCCUGUCGGAGCUUCCGUUCGGGUGCUACUUUAUUCGGUCCCUCGGCCACUACAGCGGACGGCUCGUUGUCGAUCUGCGCCCUCGAAGGACUGCAACCCGGCCCAACGGCAAGCAUGACGGGAGCUGGCUUCGCGGUGCCCAACAACAACAACAAUAACAACAACAACAACAACAACAACAACCAUAAUUACUACAACAGGCGUAAUCUGAGCGCUAAAAAGCUCCUCAGCCAAAGUGAUUCCGAGGUACCCGAGGACCGCGAACUCGGCAACAUGCCCCCUGCAACCGAAAAUUGGAACUCGUAGAGUUUCCCUUUCGUUUUUCAUUGUUAUUGUUGCUCUUCUUGUUGUGCCUUUGUAUUUUACCCUAUACAUAGUAUAUACAGGUAUUUCGCGAUACUUAAUGAUGAUGCCUUAUUCGUUAUUGUGAAAAAACAAUGUGACGGAGAGUGUCUCAAGAGAGUGUAUAUAAUUAACUGUCGACAAUUUUAACAAAAUAGCGAAAUCUAAUUAUGACAGUAAUAAUAAUAAUAACAAUAACGA